CAUCAACAGCAUUUUCAGCGCAGCAGCGCCCCCGGCUGGACACGGUACGCAACAACCCGGUUCUUGUUCAACGUGUGUUGCGCUGCGACCAAAAAGAACGGAGGAGUCGUCUGAUUCGGCAUGGCACUCAGAAUAUGUUCGCGGUUCAAUGUAUUAAACCAUUGCUCGAUGCGCUUCAUAUCCGAGCGUGCGUGUCUCCUUGGGGGUCUGAGAGUGGAACACGACCGAGAGAAGCUGUGCUUCACCGUCUGCCUCGGAGCCGAGGCGGGUCAAGGGAGUAUACAGUCUGCAGUCCUACGAUACAAAUUCAUGAAUGAGAAGCAAGUGGAUCUAAUGUCAACCCACGUCUCGGAGUCCUUAAGGGGCAAAGGUAUCGCAGCUCUCCUGUCGAAGGCUGCCUUGGACUUUUUGGCUGAAGAUGACCUGAAGGCGCACAUUUCUUGCUGGUACAUCAAGAAAUAUAUCGAGGACAACCCAAAGAAUGGUUACGAAGAGCGCGUCGUUAAUUAGCUGCAAUUAACGUUUCCUGAAGGUUGAACUAUUAUUGCUACAUAUUUGUUCUAUAUCAGGUCUAAUUAAUUGCAAAAUUAGGAUGAUUUUAAAGAGCAACAUACGGGUGAUUUUUUUUUUAUUAAUUCACAUUGUGUGCUCAUUUUGUUUGCCCAAAAGUAUAGCAAACAAAUUAUCAAGUGUAAUCUGUAUGCAUCUGGCAGCGGGGAUUCGGGGGUCGGUAUGACUCCCAAGUGGUAAAGGUUCAACAGUUUAUUCAGAGAUAAAAAGUAAAUGGACAUGCACUCAGAAUUUCUACCUCAUGAACCACCUCCAGUCUAUAGAGUGGCGAAGUCACGCCCCUUCCGGUAGGGCUCAUGGGACCUAUGAGAUCGAAAAAUAUGAAUGGGUGUCAAUGGAGAGAAAAUA